CGUCCAUCUUUCUCUUUCUCUCGCCGGUUGAAAGGAAGAUUUUCCUCUCUGCCUCAGCUUCACUCCCUAUUGUUUCUCCCCACAAUUCUCUUCUCUCGAUAGAAAGGAAAGUGGAGUUGCUGUGAGGCGGCGGAGCAGGGAGCCGGGACUCGACGGUAGUGGAAUGGACAUGGAAUUUCUACGGCAGCCACAUGCAGUGGGGUUCGACAUCUAUUUCUUUUGGCCCAUCGAACAUCCCAUGGAACCUCAAGAUGAAGAUCUGCCUGUGAAAUGCCCCAUGCCUGCUUCUUCUUCUUCUUCUUCUUCCAUGGACGAUGGAAAAGGACAUGAAGAAAGGGUUGCAGCAGAGAGUUCGCGGAAGAGAUCGGAGCAACCGAAGAUGGUGAAUAACGGAAACGUGGCAGAGACGGCGGCGGAGCCGCCGGUAAGAGCGAUACGUAAAAGGCAUCACAUGCUCACCUGUGACAACCACAUAACGGCGAAGCCUCUUAUUGGAAAGCUUGCUCUCCCUCCAAUUCCACCGUCUCAGACUCUUACCAUUUCUCAAAUGCUUAAGCAAUUCGACCAAGAUUAAAUCAUUUGAAAAAUAACAGCCAUCUUUUUCCCCCUACCUUGUAAUAUUUCAGUUUCAAAUGCAUUUGGAGAGCUGAGAAAAUUGAAAAUUUUCCUGGGAAAUUCCUAGAAAAAUGAGUGUAGCCAGGCUUCGUAACGUAGUAGUAG